GACGCCAUUAGUGCAAUAUCUCGGCUAUAAUAACAUAUCAAUUGUGAUAUAAUUUACGUGAUUUAAUUAAUAAUUUAAAAAGUUAAAUAGUUAUAAAACAAUUAAAAAAACUAAGAUGAGCUCAUCUGAAACGUCAGUGAUGAGUGACAAUGACGAAGAGGGUACUGACUAUAUUCAAGCUGACACUUGUUUAGUUGAGAAAGUCAUUCUAAUUCUAGGAUUUUGUGGAGCGAUGCGAUGCAAAGAACUUAGCCUCUUAAAUCAUAAUGAUGUCGAAUAUGUUGGGUCUAAAUUUAUCGUAUCUGUUCGAGACACCAAAAAUUAUUACCCACGAUCUUUUGUGAUCAUGAAUAAAUACUACCACCUUGUCAAAAAAUACAUUGCUUUACGGCCUAAAAACUGCACAAGUGAAAAAUUCUUUUUGUGUUACAGAAAUGGACGUUGCAUUCGUCAACUAAUGGGUAAAAUCAAAAUUUGUAUCGUACCCCAAAAAAUUGCAAGGUUUUUGAAUUUACCCGAUCCGGAAGGUUAUACGGGACAUUGUUUUCGUCGUACUUCAACGACACUGCUAGCAAACUCUGGAGCCAGUUUAACCACUAUUAAACAACAUGGAGGAUGGCGGUCUAGCAGUGUCGCUGAAGGUUACAUUGAAAAUUCAUUACAAAACAAGACAAGAAUAUUCAAUAAAAUAAUCAAUUCAGAAAACCAGCAGCCACUUCAUGAAAAAAAACGUACACCAAUCUCAAGUAACGAAUCCGCCAGUCAAAAGGGCUCGACUUUCAGGCGUUUCAAGUAACGUAGAUCUUCAAGAUCCACAACCGUCUACUUCUACUGUCAAAUCUGCUCAUGAAUUAAUUGCUGACGAAGAAAGCGUACCUUCACCUACACGCAUUAUAGAAGAUAUU